AUGCCGAUCACCUGGACCAACCCAGAGGUACUCGAGCGCCUGUUCAUCGCAACACUCUCAAGCUUCGAUAACAAAGUAAACAUCCGCGAAAUCGCCACUCUCUACGGCGGCGAAAUGACCUACGACGCGCUUGAGAACCGGAUGCGCAAGUUCAAGAAGGCGGCCACUGCGCUCAAGGACGAAUCCGCCGACCGUGAAGAUACUCCCAAGAGCGCCGCGAAGCCGCGCGCGAAGAAGGGCAGUGCUAGUCCGGUUAAGGGUGGUGAGUGUUUUGUGUCAUUGGAUGACAAGACGGACGUACUGACUAAACGUACAGCUGUCAAGACCGGUCGCGUUACCAAGAAGAAGGCUCCGGCUGCUCCCAAGAUUAAGCCUGAGCCGGUCUUUGAGGAGGAUAUGCAGGGUACCAUUGAAGAGGGUCUAGAUGGUGGUAAUGAGGUCAUUGACGAGAUUGAGGAGGUCUAA